UUCACUGAUAUAACGUUGUCGUGGAAACAAAGAGAGGUAGAGAGAAUCGCUGACGGUCCCAGAGAAUCGGCGAUGGAAACAAUUGAUGCGGAGGCUGGCGGGGUUUUGAUGUUUACAAAUAACCUGAAAUAAAUCUGCAACCCACGCACGAAUCACUUGUCGUUGUUAGCUGCUUAAGCUCCUCAAUUUCUCCGUCCAUUCUCAUUCUCAUUCUCAAUCUCUCUCUUUUUCUUUUAUAUAAAUCCAGCUCCUACUCACUUUCUCUCUGCAUCCCAUCUGUUGCUCUUUUCAUGUGUCGUCGUUUUUUUCUUUUUUGGUCUUAUCGGAGGGGAUCAGAUGGCCACCUUGUUUCAGGGAGUGGAUGCUGCAACGGCUUUCUCGGCCUCCAAGUCCCUUGACUCCAGCAAAUUCCAGCUCCCUUCUCGAAGAUUCCUCUCAGAGAGGAACGCAAGCUUUCUGGUUGUGAGAUUCGAUGGAAGGGUUUUCCCGCGUUCGAACGCGAAAGCGCGCCACAGGGCCGAGCAGUUGAUUACUAAUGCAGUUGCAACUAAACCCGACAGUUCUGCGGCUUCUACGGCUUCAAAACCCGGGCAUGAACUUUUACUUUUUGAAGCCCUAAGAGAAGGCUUGGAAGAAGAAAUGGACAGGGAUCCCCAUGUGUGUGUUAUGGGUGAGGAUGUGGGUCAUUAUGGAGGGUCAUGCAAGGUGACCAAAGGCCUGGCUGAAAAGUAUGGUGAUCUCAGGGUUCUCGACACCCCUAUUGCUGAGAACUCCUUCACAGGUAUGGGUAUUGGAGCUGCCAUGACUGGUCUGAGGCCAAUUAUUGAGGGUAUGAACAUGGGAUUUCUCCUUUUAGCCUUUAACCAGAUUUCCAACAACUGUGGCAUGCUCCACUAUACAUCUGGUGGCCAGUUUAAAAUUCCAGUAGUUAUUCGUGGACCCGGUGGAGUUGGUCGGCAACUCGGGGCUGAGCAUUCCCAACGUCUUGAGUCAUAUUUUCAAUCAAUCCCUGGAAUCCAAAUGGUGGCAUGCUCGACCACAUAUAAUGCGAAGGGCUUGAUGAAAGCUGCAAUUCGAAGUGACAACCCGGUGAUACUUUUCGAGCAUGUUUUGCUUUACAACCUCAAGGAAAUAAUUCCAGAUGAAGAAUAUAUAUGUUCACUAGAAGAAGCUGAGAUGGUUAGGCCUGGGGAGCAUGUCACUAUUUUAACCUACUCCCGGAUGAGGUAUCAUGUAAUGCAGGCAGCUAAAACUUUGGUUAAUAAGGGUUAUGAUCCUGAAGUAAUUGCUAUCAGAUCACUGAAACCUUUUGAUCUCUACACGAUUGGGAAUUCAGUGAAAAAGACGCAUCGAGUGCUGAUAGUAGAAGAGUGCAUGCGGACUGGAGGGAUUGGUGCUAGCUUGACGGCUGCUAUUACUGAGAAGUUCCAUGAUUAUUUGGAUGCCCCGAUUGCAUGUCUGUCUUCGCAGGAUGUGCCAACCCCAUAUGCAGGGACCUUGGAGGAAUGGACCGUGGUUCAGCCUGCCCAGAUUGUAACAGCAGUUGAGAAGCUCUGCCAGUAAAUUAAUUACUCCCACCAUUUCUGAAAAGAACCUUUGAUCAACCAAUCUUUGUUUUAGAAAUUGUUAUAUAGUUUUAAAUUUGUUGGCAUUUUUUGUUUUCUGAAACUCACGACUAUUCUUUAAGGUUUUCUUCAUUCUUGAUUUCUUUUA